AUGACCAUGUUGGGAGCACCGCGCCCCUCACUCGUGAGGCAGUUUCCCAGUCGCAGAGGCAUCUUACAACAUAUACCAAAAGCUCAGUACAGCACAUCAGAACCCAAGGACAAUCAAGAACGCUUGAACUGGGAUGCAUACUUGCGUUUGCGCAAACAGCGUCGUUUGGCUGGAGUAGUUACAACUUGGCCGACGACGCUUCUCGCUGCCUUUGGAUCAAGCACUUACUUUCUCUCACAAAAAAUGGAUCCUACUCAGCCAUUGUUUGGUUUUGACCCAAUGAUUGUAUUCUUGUGUGCUACAGCAGCAUGCACCGGGCUUGGUUGGCUCGUGGGUCCGUCGUUCGGCUCAGGUAUUUGGAAUCUUUUGCACCGAGGUCAAGCCGGACAAAUGGCGCGCCGCGACAAGGAGUUUUAUGAACAUAUUCACCGGAUGCGAGCGGAUGCGUCAAAACAUAACGUGCACAAACCCAUGCCGGAUUAUUAUGGCGAGAAGAUUGGGUCACUUCAUGAAUAUCGUCAUUGGCUUCGAAAACAGGUAUGUUGGAUGCAUGAUUGA